AUGUCUGGAAACGAGCCUAUACUGCCGCAAGGAGCGGGUUACGGUGUCGUCGUCGGCAUCGGCCUGUUCUUCAGCGCGUUCAUGGUGGGCCUCACCGCGAUCCAAUCGCGGUACACCGGUUUCUCCCCCAAGAACUCCGAGGAAUUCAACAGCGCGUCGAGAAGCGUGAAGCCAGGUCUGAUUGCAUCGGGCAUCGUGUCUGCGUGGACUUGGGCGGCAACACUGUUGCAAUCUAGUGCCGUCGCAUACAAAGAUGGGAUCUCGGGACCGUGGUGGUACGGAUCCGGUGCCACGGUGCAGGUCCUACUCUUCGCUCAGUUGGCCGCAAAGCUCAAGCUGAACGCGCCGCACGCGCAUACAUGGCUCGAGAUCGUCGCAGCGCGAUGGGGCACCGUCGCGCACCUGGUGUUCAUGUUCUUCGGACUCGCGACGAACGUUAUCGUGUCUUCCAUGCUCAUCCUUGGAGGUUCGGCGACGGUGAACUCGUUGACUGGGAUGAACACGAUUGCCGCGUGUUUCCUGAUUCCCCUUGGCGUCGCUAUCUACGUCGUGGUUGGUGGAAUGCGCGCGACUCUGCUCUGCGACUACACACACACCGCUGUUCUGUUCGCGAUCAUCUUUGUCUUCGUAUUCACCGUAUACUCCACGAGCGACAAGAUCGGCAGUUUCUCGGCGAUGCACGCGCUCCUGACCAAAGCGUCGGAAGAGGCACCUGUCUCGGGCAACGCAGGAGGGUCCUACCUCACCAUGCGCUCAAAGAACGGCCUCAUCUUCGGUGUCAUCAACGUCAUCGGGAACUUCGCCACCGUCUUCCAGGACCAAGCUUACUGGCAACGCGCAAUUGCCAGUCGCCCCGCAUCGUGCGUGAAGGCGUACCUACUCGGAGGCAUCGCCUGGUUCGCUAUCCCCUUCAUGUUCUCCACGACGCUCGGCCUGUCCGCCGUCGCGCUUCGCGGGGACCCUGCGAUGCGCACGCUCUCCGCCGCAGACGUCUCCGCUGGGCUGCCCGCAUCGGCCGCGGCCGCUGCGCUCCUUGGAAAGUCCGGUGCCGCAGCGCUGCUUAUUGUGCUGUUCCUCGCGGUCACGUCCGCUACGUCUGCGGAGCUCAUCGCGGUGUCGUCGCUCUUGACGUACGAUGUGUACAAGAAAUACUUCAACCCGCAAGCGACCGAGGCGCAGAUCCUCAAGGUCUCGCACGCGAUGGUCGCGGUCUUCGCCGUAGUCAUGGGCAUCCUUGGUCUUAUUUUCUUCUACAUCGGCAUUUCCAUGGGCUGGCUCUACGAGUUCAUGGGUGUCGCACUGGGGUCAGCAGUCGUGCCCAUCGCGAUGUGCAUCACCUGGAGCAAGGCGAACAAAUGGGGUUCGAUUUGUGGAGCAAUCAUCGGCUUUUGCGCGGGUGUCGUUGCGUGGCUUGUCACGACCUCCGCCCUCAACGGCGGCGACCUCUCCGUCACCACGACCGGUGGAGACUUGGAGAUGCUCGCAGGUAACCUCGCGUCCAUCGGUGUCGGUGGAAUCAUCACGAUCACGACCUCUCUCAUCUGGCCCGACAACUUUGACUUUGAGGCCACGCGCGCGAUCAACCGCCCCGUCGCUGUCAUACACGAAAAGGGCACAUCCCAGCGGUCCGGGUCUAUCGACGACUCUGCUAGCGAAAAGAAGAGCGCGGCCGCGGACGUCAGCCUUGCACCUGUGUCAUCCAUUUCCGCCGCCGCCGCUGCCGCAGAGGAGGAACGCGAGCUCGACCCCAUCGCGCUCAUGAAAUCCUUCCGCCUCGCCGCGUGGUCUUCCGUCAUCCUCACUCUGAUCAUGCUGAUCCUCAUCCCGCUCCCGCUCUUCUUCGCGCAGACGGUGUACGGCGUCCGCGGGCUCACUGCUUGGGUCGUCAUCGGCAUGCUCUGGGCGUUCUGCUCCGCGAUCGCGGUCGUGCUCUACCCGCUGUGGGAGAGUCGCGUGGCACUCAGCACUAUUAGCCGGGGAGUUAUCAAGGAUAUCUUCACGAGGGGCGGAGGGAAGUUCGUGGAACGUCCCGUACAACCCGCCGCAUGAAACACGAUUUAUAGACGACUGUAGAGCACGAGACAAAACGUAUCAUGAACGAACGAAUCUGUAAUGUUCAAGAACUGUUGUAUAUUUCUAUCAUUUUUCAAUCC